CAAAAGUGUGCAACACCACAGGUGGUGGGAAAAAGUGGGAGAGAAAGGGGAGAGAAAGAUUGAAUUUGAAACAACGGCAAACAGGAAGCCCAGACCUUACAACACAAUGCACGCACAGUUUCCUGCAGGAAUAGACAGAUAAGGAACAACACUUUGUUUUAAAGUCAUAUUUUCAGCCCGAAACGUUUCCCGUAGCUCUAAACCACGUAUUUUACAAUGUGUGGAUAUUAUAUUCGACUAUAACCAUUUGGGCGAGUUAUCCAUCAAGAAGAAUCAAUCACAAUACAAAUGUGGCAUGAGAAGGCCGGCUGGCCAAAGGAAGAGUUGAGCUGCCUGCUGGUUGGUGAUGGAGCUGUGGGGAAGACGAGCAUGAUCAUCAGCUACAUCUUCAACGGGUACAACAGCGAAUACAAGCAGACGGCGUUCGAUGUCUUUACAGGUUUGGUUCAUGUGAAUGGAGUUCAAACACGACUUAAAUUGAUAGAUACAGCUGGACAGGAUGAGUUUGGCCAUCUUCGCUCUCUAUGCUACGCACACGUGGACGUUUUCAUUCUGUGUUUUAGCCUGGUCAAUCCUGUUUCUUUUGACAACGUGGCUUGCAAGUGGAUCCCGCAGAUCCGUUCAUGGAACUCCAGCUCUCCCAUUCUUCUGGUGGGUACACAGUCUGACCUUUGCCAUGAUGUAAACAUCCUUGUUCAUCUGGCCAGGCGGCAUGCUAGACCGGUGGCAUCGGGCCAGGCCGUGAGCCUGGCACGUAGGAUCCGAGCUUACGGUUACAUGGAGUGUUCGGCUUUGACCCAGCACCACCUCAAAGACGUGUUUGACUACGCCAUCUUUGCUGCCGUGAAGCACAAGCACAAUGCUGCAAAAAGCAAAAAGCUCGGUUUGGUGAAAUGCUUUAAGACUUUUUGGCAAUCUGGAUGGAGGCGAAUGUUCAAAUCAAUGUGAGGAAAUUUUGUCAAUUAUGAAAGUUUUGGUCUUUUGACGCAGCUCCUCAUGGGUUAUACUUCUUGGGAUUGUAUGGCUGCCCUGAUUUUCCUGCUCAUGAUUGGGUGAUUUAUGAGCUGGACAAAUCAAAAUGGACAUUAUGAAGCUGCACACUUCUUUCGUCUUAUUUCCUUGAAUUCCUGUGUUGUU